AUGCAUCCCCAUCUUCAUACAAAGAACGCUCUAGCGUGCGAAGAGGUUAUCGCCGCACUCGAACAGUGCCAUGCCCAGGGCUUCAUGCACAAGGCUGUUGGAAGCUGCAAUACUGCCAAGGAAAGGGUCAACGAAUGUCUAAAGAUCGAGCGAUCCAAGAUGCAGGCCGAGAAUCGCAACGCUGCCCGUGCAAAGCGUGACAAGAUUAAGGAGCAGCAGCGCGAGUUGGGACUGUAA